AUGAUUGGCAGUCUCGACUGCAUGCACUGGGCAUGGAAAAACUGCCCUGUUGCGUGGGCAGGAAUGUACCGCGGUAAGGAGAAGGCUGCAACCGUCAUACUAGAAGCUGUUGCUUCUCAAUCGCUUUGGAUAUGGCAUGCAUUCUUUGGAGCACCGGGGUCGAAUAAUGACUUGAAUGUCCUGGAGCGCUCCCCACUACUGGAUGAUUUAGUGAAUGGUGAAACACCUAAAGUUUCUUUUAGAGUUAAUGACGCAGACUACAGUCACGCUUACUACUUGACUGAUGGAAUAUAUCCUUCGUGGGCUAUAUUCCAGCACAGCAUCAGCUCGCCAGCUAACCGCAAAAGAAAGUUGUAUGCUGCACUUCAGGAAGGAGCUCGAAAAGAUGUUGAACCCGUGUAA